AUGGUGGCGUCGGCCAAAGGCAAAGCGGGAGAUGAUAGAACGAGUCAGCACCCCCGAGAAUGGUGCCAUGCGGCGCAACCAUGGCUAGCUUCCUAAACAGUGAUCGACCUUGAGUCUAUGACUUGUGUGCAGGGAGCAGCCCAGCGCUUCAUCUGCUCUUGCCAUCCAGCGUCCUAGGAAGGAGCUCUGACUUCGCCUCCUCCUGGACUGGGAGCGCCUCUUCCCAGAGCUUCCCAUGGCUACCCCGACCACCAGCUGAACCCUGCGCGCCAUCGCCUCUCGGAGCACCAGAGAGAGUAAAGAGGAAAGGGGGAGCGGAGAGAGCGGAGGCGAUCAUGGUCGCGUUGCAUCUCCGCUAGGGUUUCCUAUCGCGGCGGCUACCAUGACCAGCAGAGGUGGUCCAUCGGCCGGAGCAGAAGACGCCGCCGACUCGCUAGAUGUUGCGGGAAGCAGCGAUGGCCAGAAGCUCUUCCUCCUUCGACCUGAUCAUGUGCGCACGCCGGCAUAUGAGAAGUACAAUUAUGACUACCCAUGCAGUCUAGGUAUAAAUCAUGGUGGGUUUUUCGUUGGGCAAAGUAACUACAGGAGUUAUUGCAAUGGAAAAACUGCUUGGUAUGAUUAUGUGUUCUCUGCAAAAUUGACCAUGUCUGAAUUGGAAAGAAUAGUUGAAGAUCUAGGCUAUGAGACGGUAGGUAAAUUGGAUGUGUAUUGGUGUUUGCCAGGGUUACAAGUUAGCACUGGUGGACUUAGGAAAAUGAUAUCUCAGGAGGCUUGUGACAAUAUUAGUGCUUGUGUUGUAUUUGGACAUAAGGAAAUUCAGCUAUACCUUGACCAUGAUGAGAGCUACAGAAGCAUAGAUUGGGAUGAUGUUGUGGUCUUUCCUGUUUCUGAUUUACCUCCUGCGAUCAGUCCUAGGAAAGUAAAAGAGGAGAAAUUUGUAGAGAGAAUGACUGAGCAUAAUAGGAUUGAGGAGCAUGGAAAUGACAAUGUAGAUGAGGCUGUGCACUCUAUGGCAAAGGAGCAAGGAAAUGACAAUUCAAAGGUAAAUGUGCAAUAUGAGGAUGUGCAAAACAUGGAAGAGGGGCAAGCUGAUGAUCAAUUUAGUGAGGAAGAAAUUGAGCAGUAUAUGGCAGAUGUUGAGGUUAACUAUGAGGAAGUUGUUGUAGAAGAGGAUGAAGAAGCAGCUAUGUAUGAUGAAGCUGUUAUGGAAGAGGAAGCAUAUAUGGAAGAGGAAGCAUAUAUGGAAGAGGAAGAUGCUCAGUCAAAUGUAGAUGAUGGGAGUAUUUCUCAUGCUGGAAGAGGAGGUAGUGAUUCAGACAAUGAGGAUGCUUUAGUGGACAGUGACUAUGUUAUAUCUGAUGGAGAUGCAGAUUUUUUGGAAGAUCAGAUUGAAGAGGUGGAAGUAGAUAUAAAAGGAAAGAAAGUUGCAGAUGUUGAAGCUUAUUCAGAUGAGGAAGAUCUUCAAUGCCAGAUUCAGAUGAAGAUGAGUUGAAACACAACUUCAAGACAUUCAGGCCAGAGGACAUGCAUGACCCCGUGGUCAAAGUUAGACAAUUAUUCCAGUCACCAGAGAUGUUGAGGAAAGCCAUUAGAGAAUACAUCUACAAGAACAGAGUUGAUAUCUCACUGCCAAUAAAUGAUGGGAAAAGGAUUUCAGCCAGGUGUCAAAAUGGUUGUCCAUGGUACUUAUGGGCAUCUCAUGAUAGCAGGACCAAGUGCAUGAUGAUCAAGAAGAUGAACGCUGAGCAUACUUGUUGUAAGAAGUGGAAAGUAAAGGCUUUCACCUCUAGGUUUCUAUCAGAGAAGUAUACUGAGCAUUUAAGGCCUGAUGAUCACAUGAAUAUGAGGAACUUCACCAAAAUUGUCCAAAAGGAUUGGAACAUGACACCCAGCAGAAGCAAAUUACAGAGAGCUAGAAGAUUAGCAAUGGAUGUUAUACAUGGAGAUGAAGAACAACAGUUCAAUUUGCUGUGGGACUAUGCCAAUGAAGUUAGAAGAAGUAAUCCUGGUAGCACCUUUUAUGUCUCACUUGACAAUGAAGAGAGAUUUAAAAGGUGCUAUUUCAGUUUUGAUGCUUGUAAAAGAGGAUUUUUAGAAGGAUGUAGACCUGUGAUUUGUCUUGAUGGCUGCCAUAUCAAGACCAGGUAUGGUGGUGUUCUACUGAGUGAUGUUGGCAUGGACCCAAAUGAUUGUAUCUAUCCAUUGGCCUUUGCUUAUGUUUAAGUGGAAGACACCCACACAUGGACAGGUUUCUUAGGGCUGUCAAGCAAGACCUUGCAAUUGUGAACACUGACCCCUGGACAAUUGUGUCUGACAGGCAAAAGGGACUAAUCAAUGCAGUAGAAGCCUUGUUUCCUCAAUCAGCCCACAUGUUUUGUUAGGCACCUAUGGCAAUUUCACAAGAGCUGGUCAUAGAGGUGAUGUGCUAAAAAAAACAGUUGUGGAAGUGUGUUAGAAGCACAACUGUUACUACUUGGGAAGAGAGCAUGCAGGAGAUGAAGGUUUUGAGUAAGAGGGCAUAUGAUUGACUAUAUGACCUAGAUCCCUACACUUGGGUGAGAGCAUUUCAACCAGACCUUCCAAAGUGUGACAUUCUAUUGAAUAACAACUGUGAGGUCUUUAAUAAGUACAUUCUAGAAGCAAGAGAGUUUCCAGUCCUCUCUAUGAUAGACAGGAUUAAGGCACAACUAACCACCAGGAUGGUUACAAAAAAUGAAGAAUUGCUGAGCUGGACUUAUCCAAUCUACCCAAAGAUUAAGAACGGGCUUGACAAGAACACAGAAUUAGCUAACACAUGCUAUGCUGAAUUAGCUGGAGAUGGCAUAUAUUCUGUGGAGGACAGAGGCUACACUUACAUCGUGGACAUACAUGUGGAGAGUUGCAGCUAUAGAAGAUGGAAUUUAACUGGAAUUCCAUGUUGCAGGAGAGAAAGAAUUUCCCCUAUUGAGCUGGUGUACAAGUGUUAUUCUAUUGAUUAUUACCACAAGGCAUACUCUCAUUUCAUUGUGCCUUGCAGAGAUAGAAGAGAGUGGAAAAAAAAUGAAUGGAUGCCCUAUUGCACCACCUCUUUAUGUCAAAAAAGUUGGAAACCUUGGUCAUAACAGAAGGAGGGCUCCUGAAGAAAUUGCAGAUGGCAGAGGUGGAACCAGAAUGACAAGACAUGGUGUGGUUAUUCACUAUGGGCACUACAAACUACCAGGACACAAUAGGAGUUCAUGUUCCGAUCUUAAAGCUGGCAUACCACCAUAUGUUCCUCCCCCAAAGCAACAAGUGAGGAUAAGGAGAAGGGCGGAACCAACUACUGAGGAAGAGCAACAGACACAGGAAAAUCAUGAGGAAGAGGCAGAGGCAGCAGCAAAUGCUGGAGAACAAACACAGGCAAAUCAUGAGGAAGAGGCAGAGGCAGCAACAAAUGCUGAAGAAUAGACACGGGAACAAGAGUUGCAGGAUUUCAUUGACCAAGUUCCUCUCUCUGCUGUGUACAAUCAUGAUAUGCUCAAUGAAAUGAUGUUGCAGAGACCAAUGCCAAGAACAACUACUUCUGCUCCUAGGCCAUUGCCAGAUAGCUCUUUUAUCACUGCUGCUAGAGAUGCACUUGGCACAGGAAGAGCAAGCACCUCAACAGCAGUAGGGGACCUUGCUAUGAAAGCUGCAUCUAUGAGAAUUGCCAGGAGAGAAGUAGAGAAGGCCAGGAAAGAAGCAGAGAGGACAAAGAAGAGAGCAGAAGCAGUAGCAAAGAAAUAAGAAGCGAAGGCAAGGAAGAGAGUAGAAGCAAUAGCAAAGAAAGAAGAGAAGGCAAGAAAAGCACAACAAAUGGCAGCAGAGGUAGAAGAAAGAAGGAAGGCUGCAAUUGCCAGGAGGGAAGCUCUUCAACAAGCAAAGCAGAAAGAGGCAGAGGAGAAGCUGGCAGCUGCACAAGGAAAGAAGCAGGGAGCAGCAGCAAAGAGGGUUGCUUCUGCACAAGCAAAGAAGUAGGCAGCAGCAGCAAAGAAGCCCAAGAGGGUCAGCAUGUUUGAUGAAUUUAGAUGAAUGUUCAUUGUCCUCUUUACUUGCUUAAGUAUGCUGAUGUAUAGAACUAUGAUCUAUUCUCAUUUUGUUGCUCAGAUGGAGCAUGUAGUUGCUAAACAAACUACUGGUGAUCUUCAUUUUGUUGCUUAGAUGGAACAUGUAAUGCUUCUAGAUUGGAUAUUUAUAUGUCAUCAAGCAUGUUAAUCAUGUUAUAAUGCUUAUGAUUAUGCUCAUGUGCCAAAUUCUGGUCAUAAUGCUAUA